GCCCGAGAAAUAAACCAAACAAAACCAAGGCGGUCAUCCUUCCUUUCGUUUGACAUACACAAACAAUACUAAGUAGGCAAAGAGGAAGAAUCAUGAAUUAAUUAAGCAUAGUUGUGAGUGAACCGAGCGAUCAGAACUAAAAUGGAGAUCAUAGAGACAACUACUCUGCAGCAGCAAUCAAUGUCGUCUAAGUUCAAGAGGAUUUGUGUUUUUUGUGGGAGUAGUCAAGGCAAGAAGACUAGCUAUCAAGUUGCUGCUAUUGACCUUGGCAACGAAUUGGUCUCAAGGAAUAUUGAUCUGGUCUAUGGAGGAGGUAGCAUAGGUUUGAUGGGUUUGGUUUCACAAGCUGUUCAUGAUGGUGGUCGUCAUGUUAUUGGAGUUAUUCCCAAGACGCUCAUGCCUCGAGAGCUGACUGGUGAAACAGUAGGAGAAGUGAAGGCAGUUGCAGAUAUGCAUCAAAGGAAGGCAGAGAUGGCUAAGCAUUCUGAUGCUUUUAUUGCCUUACCAGGUGGUUAUGGAACGCUGGAAGAGUUACUUGAAGUCAUAACCUGGGCUCAACUCGGAAUUCAUGACAAACCGGUUGGAUUGCUUAAUGUUGAUGGAUACUACAAUUCCUUACUCUCGUUUAUUGACAAAGCUGUGGAAGAGGGAUUUAUUAAUCCCAGUGCACGCAACAUUAUCGUUUCUGCACCAACAGCAAAAGAGCUGGUGAAGAAACUGGAGGAGUACGUCCCCUGUCAUGAAAGAGUUGCGUCAAAGUUGAGCUGGGAAAUUGAGCAACUUGGCUGCUCUCAAAAUCAUGAUAUCUCUAGGUGAUUUGCGGAAGAUUGCACUAAAGGAGUAGAUGGGAGUUUGGAAGUAAAAGUAGCCCAUUUUGGACAAUCACUAUUGAAAUUUCCGUUGUGGGAAAUUCUUUUUGUAAAUUAUUGCAAUUAAUCUCAAUAUGUUUAAGCUUCUUAAGAGCCCUUCUAGUGAAUUUGGUGUUUCUGUUAAGCUGUAAUUAAGUACUAGAUGCUUAUGAAAAUUCCCAUUUUAAAUGUCGAGUAAUUUAUGUUCCAAGUGUUAACUAUC